AUGUCCGAACCUCUCCUCUUUGAAAUCAAGGCCUUUCCUCGCAGCAGCAAUAGCAAAUGGCAUCUUAGAUCGUUAAUUGCGGCUGUAGAAAAGCACAAGGUGGUCAAACCUGACGAACACGCAUGGGGAAUCUUUUAUGACCCCUUUAUUGGCACUGCUUGCUUCCAUGCCCCCACCCAACCAGGAGAUGGACCACGCUCGCUAUCUGCCAACUCCCAGGACAGGUCCGAGUCUCAGAUAGAAGCGACCCAUUCUUCAGGAUCUGACUCUGUCCCAUGCCGAUCUGAGUUUCAGUCACGAUGGGCUCUUGCUGCUCAAUCGCCUUUGGUCAUUCGGACUGCGUCCAUAACCGCUCUCAGAGAUGGCGAAACCAAUGAACCAGAACAUAUUCAAGGACAAAUGAUACCCCUUGAACAACGUAAACUGCCAGCCGAUGGUCUACACUAUGUUCGAAUGGCUUCGCAUCAGGAGAACCCAAAGGAAAUGGCGCACACUGGUAUCACACCCAUCCGUAGCCGAACAAAAUGGCCAAAACUUCUUGUAGAUACGGGUUGCUCAGUGACCUGGAUGUAUCAUCCUGAUGCUGUGUUGCUCACAGUCCAAGUCAAUGACUCUGAAUCUAAUCUUCGUACAAGCACCAAAUUCGUCAAGUCAAACCAUGUCACCAAACUAGAACGCCAUGACCGAGCCAUCUCUUUCAGCGGUCAUGCUGAGGCUACCCAGCCCGGGAAAGUGUACCGUUUGUCGUUUCCGGACUCAUUCCAUGCUAAUUUGCAACUCUUCCGCGGGCCUCUCAGUCUAUUACAAAAGUUUGACUGGGAAAGGGAAUCAUUCGAUUUUCACUGUCUAGAGGACAUGGUUUUCGGUCUAGCUACGGCUGCAACAUUGGAAACAACCAAGAACUGGAAACCUCCGACUAGCCUGCAACAUGCUACCCAAGGCCAUCGACGCUUCCGCCACCAUGAUCAAAUGGACGGCAUUCUUGGGCUCGCACUUGCCUACGAUACCUCUCCAUUUGAGCUUGCUGCCGCGCCACCUGACCUAUUUGUUCCUAAGUUUUGCCAGUCGAUUGGCUUCGAGGUGUCUCGAUUUACAAUCGCUCUAGGAAUCGGCGAGCAGACUAGUUGGAUGAUACUGGGGCCAAAUAACAACGACCCCAAGCAGAGACGGGAACAUGAUCGGAUUGCUCAUGAUACUUGGAGCCCAUGGAUGGAAUGCAACUCACAGUUGAAACACUGGACAGUCAAGCUGUUCGGUGUCACCGUUGGGAAUCAACCCACGGUAGUCUUUCCAUCUGGAUUGGACAUGGCUAUCGACACAGGAUCACAACUCUCCGUCUUUCCUCCCAGUGUCUGUAAGGGACUGUUCAAAGCGAUGGGAGAAAUGGGUUUCACGGCUUAUGGGCUUGGGGAGGUCGCACUAAAUAAUCCAGCCCUCGCGAAGACUAAAGUUACAUUCAUUUUGGCGGAGGGAUACCAGAUCACUCUUCCUUCCCUUGAACCUUUGAUUGACGUUGAUUCCAGUCAAAAUCAGGGCAGCGCAAUCUGUACCUUUCAUGCCGGCGCGAUUGAGAACGAAAAAUAUGGUUUGUUUGGGAACAGUCUUCUCCGCGGCCUGGUUAUCGAAUUUGAGCAUUCUCGAAGGUCGUUUAUGGGUGGAAGAAUCAGAGUCGCUCUGCGAGCCUAG